CGGCCACCUGCUGGCUCAAUGUCCUCGCGCCCAUACAGCGUGCAGCGUGGUGAAGAAAGGGUGGUAGAAAGAGAGGAUGUGGUAACCUCCAUAUAGGGGUUUCAGUGCAGUAGACAGUGGGUGUUAACAACGGUUAAUGUGUUACAGUCAACAGGCGAGUCAUUUCCCCGCUGCGAUGCUGCCGUCCCAUUACAAGUGACAUUUCAAGGAGCAGGACCCGCGGACGGUGGACCAAUCAGCAGGUGGAAGGCAGCUAAUCAGCUAACGGGCACCACCUGCUUGCUCACUCACAGACACAGGAGGAGGGACAAAUAUCUGCACACAAAUGACAUAACGACCCAGGGAAAUGCGUAUUUUUUGGAAAAACAUUUUGGCAGUGCUGCUUCUUGUCGGAGGAUUGUACUACAUGAGCCAAUCAAACUUCCUUAUUACUGGCCAGUCACAGAAGGUGAUUACAAAUGAGUUAACAUGGAGCGUACAGAGGCUGGUUAGUAAGGAGUCCUGGGUGGAGCAGGGGGAUUACCUCCCUCUCAAUGUGUCCUACCAGCUGCUGGCUGGAGCACCAUCUACUCAACAGAGGUUUUUAUCAGUAGGACUGUCCUCUGUGAAGAGGGCGAAGGGAAGCUAUCUCAUCCCCACCCUGCAGUCCCUCUUCUCCCAGUCUUCUCCUGAAGAGCGCUCUUCCAUGGUGGUGGUGGUGCUGCUAGCAGACUUCGAUGUCAGUUGGAGAGUCAGCACAGUGACUGAGAUCAAAACUGCAUUUUCCUUGGAGCUGGAGCAAGGCCAGCUGGUGGUCCUCCACGUUCCUCAGGAGAUGUACCCUCCUUAUACAGGUCUUAAGAGGAACUACAACGAUCUUCCAGAAAGGGUAUCGUUUCGCUCCAAGCAGAACCUGGAUUACUCCUUCCUGAUCCUCUACAGUGCUAGUCUUGGUCAAUACUACCUCCAGAUCGAGGACGACGUUUUCUCUGCCAAGAAUUUCCUUUCCACCAUCAAGAGGCGUGUGGCGGAGCAAGAGGCGAAGAAGACCACCUGGGCGAUGCUGGAGUUCUCGGCCCUCGGUUACAUCGGCAAGCUCUACAAAUCAGCCCAGCUUCCUCUCCUGGCACGCUUUCUCUUCCUCUUCUACCAGGAAAUGCCUUGCGACUGGUUAAUGGGUCGCUUCCGAGAUUUGAUGACUCAGAAAGAGCCAAUCCUUUUCAAACCCUCGCUGUUCCAACACAUGGGAACCUACUCCUCGUUCCAAGGCACAUACAACAAGCUUAAGGACAAGGACUUUGAGGAGCAGUAUACCAAUCCUUCCGCUGAGGUUUAUACUGAUAUGUCCUCCUACAAAAAACAUUUUCCCAAACUGGCCUGGGACGCUGGGGAGGAUUUCUUUUGGGGACGCUCCCCAGAAAAGGGUAAUCACCUGACUGUGGUGUUCAGAGGCCCUACACUAGUGACAGGGAUUAUGGUAGAAACAGGGUCAGGGGGCAAAGACCUCCUAGAGUCAGCUCAGGUGGAGAUAGGCCAUGACGUGAUCACCACAGAGAAAGACAGGAGUUGUAAAGAGUUCCAGACAGUUGGGACGUUCAAAAAUGGGUUGUUUGAGAUCCAAGAGAUGGACAAAAAGUACACCUCUGCCUCUUCCUGUCUGAGGAUACAGAUCACAGCUGCGCAGAAGGAUUGGCUGAUCAUUACCAAAAUCAGGAUCUCAACAAAGCUUCGUACAUCCACAAACCAAGCCUAGGAAGGACACUUGCCUUCCUGCCAGGGGAAUAGUUUUGUAUCUGCUGGAUGCAGGCUAAACAUGUGCCUUGUUGAACAGUUCCAUUGACCAAACAUCUAUCCAGAAACAGUUUGAAGCUACUGUCAAUAUAAUGUUUGAUUAAGGCAAGAUGUAUAGACGAUGUGUGCACAUAAAACCAUGCUUUGCCUCUUUAAAAACAUAAACUGGUAUUUAUAAAGGAAGAGUGCAGAUUGUCUGUUCAUUUAAGUUAGAGUAGAGAAUAAUGUGAUUUGUAUUUACUGGUUCAGCAGCUUUAUUAAAUCCAUUAUAAAGGAAGAGUGUUUAGUAAGAAUGUGUUGCCCUCCCACAUAACAUGCCACCAGGCAUACAUUGAUCCAGAUAGCCUGGUGUGAUAUGAAGACGUGGAAAUAAAAAUAAGGUGAGACACAGGA